AUGAUAAAUAAGUAUACCCUCUAAUUUAUAGAUAAUACAGUCGAAUAAAAAUAUUAGGAAUACUAGUUAAAUUAGAAGAGGAAGCCAAUGAUGCAAAAAGUCAUAAAGAUCACAUCCCUUAUUGUAAUUGUGAAAUCAAUUGCUCUAUUGAUCAAUUUUAAUUUGAGGGAAGUAUAUUCCACUCUUGGCUAUUUAAUGGUCACUGUUGGUUUUAUAUUGAUUCUUAAAUUUCAACCUCGACUGAUUAGAUGGGUUCUGAUAAUCAUCAAUUAUGGGGUUUUAAUUUUUUAUUAUGAACCUGACGAGGGCAAGACUUAGUACAAACAUUAAUUGUCUUCAGCUUUGAUAGUAUCUUAUUAAUUCAUAGUGAUGAAUACUGGAGAAUUUAUUGAUACUUUGGUGUAGGUGAUUUCGUUCUAUUCAUUUUACCUGGUUUAUUUCAUGGAGUAUUAGCCAGAUUAUUCCAUUUCGCUAACGAUGGCAACAUUUUUACUUUCAUUCUUACUUAUAAUCACAUUUUAUGAGAAUGCCUCUGCGGAAAGAUCAAAAUUCAAACUUACAAUAAUAGAGAAUAAAUGGGAUGAAAUUCUUUAAAAUAUGAUUGUUGAGCCAUGUAUUAUUUUCAAUUACAAUAACUUUAAAAAUUCUUUUAUAUUGAAAAAGUCAAUCGAUUUUAUCUACCCCAUGGACUCAACUGAAGAAUUGAAGUUAUUCCUCAGAAAUUCAAAAGUCAAUCAAAGUCAUAAAAUUAAUUUAGAAGAUUUUAUAUUUCAGAAAGUUUAAUAAUUAAAUAAGGACAAUAUAUAAACAUGGAAUUAAAAACUUAUUAUUUUAUAUCAUAAGGAAGCUCAUAAUAUCUACUACUCUAUACUCUCAGACACAUCCCCUGUCAUUCUUAUCAAAGUUAAGCCGUUAAAAUGUUAAAAAAAUGAAAACGAGUCAGAAUUAGAAAAUAAAUACUAAUAUAAAUACAAAAUCUUAAUCAAAAGUAUCUUACAUCAAUUCAGAUUGAAUUUCUAACAACCAUUUCCUAAUCUACAUACGAUAUUUAAGAUUACAGUAUAUCAUUACCUACAUGAAAAAAUUGAUAAAUAAUUUAUUGCUUCUAUUAAAAUUGACAAAAUUCUAAAGUAGCUCAAAUUAAUUUAUCCAUAGAAGCAAAUAACUCUUGAAAACUUCUACAAAAGAUCCAAAAUCUCUGGACAUAAAGAUGAAUUUUAUUUGAUUUUGAUGGAGGUCUUUGAAAUCAUGAUAUCCAAACAAAUUCAUAUAAGAAUCAUAAAAAAUGAAUCCUCUACUAAAUUUUUUAUCUAUGGGAUUUUCAUAGAAGGAGCCAAAGAGAAGCUGACAUCCAGGCUUCAUUACUAUUAGAGAAGCUUGCAAGCUCUUGAAAUUACUAAUCAAUGUAUAUUGAUCUUUAUAUAAUUUAGAUGUUAGUUUAACUCUUAAGUCUGAGCGUAAACAUAUCAAUUGA